AUGGGUUAUUAUCAAAAGUUGGCAACACUAACGACGCGAAUAUGGAUAUAUGAGUUUGGUAUUUUAAUACGAACCUCCAGCAGUGUACCUACAUGGUGGGUGCCGUCACCCCUGCCCGCCGACCGUGAACCAACAGUUAAAAUAUGGUUCCAGAACCACCGCUACAAAUGCAAGAGACAAGCCAAGGAGAAGGCGAUGGCGGAACAGAAUCAACACAAUCAGUCAUCAUCAUCACCCCGGCGAGUGGCGGUGCCCGUGUUGGUAAAGGAUGGGAAGCCGUGCGGGUCUGGUGACGCAUCGUCGCCGGCCCACAGCCACUGCGCCACGCCCACGUCAGGGUACUCCGCCCAGCAGGGUUCCCAGGCCGCCUGCAGCAACCCCCUGGUCUCCUCUUACCGGCAACCGGCCGCGUACCAGCAACAGUGCUCCGGCUACCUACCGCUGCAAGGCAGGGCUUGGUAG